CAAGGUCCAGGAUUCUAACACGCUCGGAGCGCCUUGGGUGGCAGGAAGCCUGCAAUCCUUAAGACGCUCAACGCCAGCCGGAACGGCGAUACUCCAUUUCUCAACAUGGUACUACCGCUUCGUCGCAACAUUUAGCUACGCAUUUGAUUGUCACCUCCCGCCGUCAAAGGGUAGAGUCGUACAGAAUGACCGUGCCUAGCCCAAUGCGCCGCUCCACAGCGCGAGAUCAAGGCUAUUAUCCAGGAAUUAAUCGGCGGUCUCUUUCACUUACCAUGCGCAGCCUGAAGCUCAUAUUCACGGCUUCGGUCAGGUGCUACAGAAUCGAGACCCCCACAUGUUGAUUAUCGCAGUCGCCAUCGAUAACUGAAGCUGCCACUGCAAGUCUUCGAGAGCGAAGCGUCACUUCCUAGAAUGAAGUCAGACGCAUCCACAUUCGACCGCUAUGGUGCGCUUAAAAGGUGAGCGAUUCUACUAGACGCGCAUUGUGUAGCGCCGUCAGUGGUAUCAUCGCAUACCGGACCCGCACAAUUUCAUCUAGAUGUGCCGAGGGACAGUCCGCGAAUCAUUCCAGGCACUGCACCAUCAGUGCCAUCGUACGCUUCCCGGUGGCCCAACCAUGACGGAAGCUAGCAGCCUUCGUUUCAAAGGUGUACUGUACGCUCGCCGGUCAGACGGGGAGGGAAAGUUUUCUACCUUCCUUGAAGCGCUGCGCGGGCGGCGUACCCCGCCGUACAUCUAUGUUAUCUGUACGGAAAUCCGAGGACGCACACGACCCACAACCG